AUGUUGUUGUGUGGACAGAAAAGUGUGAAAGAGGGGACUCUGCUCAAACAGACGAGCUCGUUCCAGAGAUGGAAGAGGAGGUACUUCAAACUGAGGGGACGGACGCUCUACUACGCCAAGGACUGCAAGCCUCAGACAGACUCGGCCUCAGACUCUGCCUCAGACUCGGCCUCAGACUCAGACUCGGCCUCAGACUCUGCCUCAGACUCGGCCUCAGACUCGGCCUCAGACUCGGCCUCAGACUCGGCCUCAGACUCGGCCUCGGCCUCAGACUCUGCCUCAGACUCUGCCUCAGACUCGGCCUCAGACUCUGCCUCAGACUCGGCCUCAGACUCUGCCUCAGACUCUGCCUCAGACUCGGCCUCAGACUCGGCCUCAGACUCUGCCUCAGACUCGGCCUCAGACUCGGCCUCAGACUCUGCCUCAGACUCUGCCUCAGACUCGGCCUCAGACUCGGCCUCAGACUCGGCCUCAGACUCGGCCUCAUCCUUGAUCUUCGACGAGGUGGACCUGUCUGAUGCCAGCGUGGCCGAGACCAGCACCAAGAACAUCAACAACAGCUUCACGGUGAUCACUCCGUUCAGGAAGCUGAUGCUGUGUGCAGAGAGCCGCAAAGAGAUGGAGGACUGGAUCGGAGCGCUCAAGUCUGUGCAGAAGUGGGAGACUUACGAGGCCAGUCAGUUCAACAUGGAGCACUUCAGUGGGAUGCAUAACUGGUACGCCUGUUCUCACGCUCGCCCCACGUUCUGUAACGUCUGCAGAGAAGCUUUACCAGGAGUCACCUCCCACGGCCUGUCCUGUGAAGUCUGUAAGUUCAAAGCUCACAAACGCUGCGCCGUUCGUUCCACAAACAACUGUAAAUGGACCACGUUGGCCUCGAUCGGAAACGACAUCAUCGAGGACGAGGACGGGGUGUCCAUGCCUCACCAGUGGCUGGAGGGGAACCUGCCGGUGAGCGCCCGGUGUGUGGUGUGUGACCGUAACUGUGGGAGCGUGCGGCGGCUGCAGGACUGGCGCUGCCUCUGGUGCAAGGCCAUCGUCCACAACAGUUGUAAGGAGCAGCUGGGGAAGGUGUGUCCUCUGGGCCAGUACCGGGUCUCCAUCAUCCCCCCCACCGCCCUCAACAGCAUCGACUCAGACGAUCCGCUUUUUCAGACAGAAAAGUGA